CGGACCAGACGUGCAGAGCAGCUUCAGGGAUGCGAAACUAGUCAACACACUCACCAAACAUGACUUUCUGUGUUAAAUAUAUCUGUAUUCACAAUCCUUAGAAAGACAGUUUUUGUAGAUAUGCAACUGAGAGUUUGAAGUUUAUAGCAGAAGCACGAAUGACUUUCAUCAGCGUUAUUCUGCACAAGUGUUAAACCCAUGUUACCCAUGAUUCAUCUGUGAUGGCAGGAAAGAGUCGUUUCUCAGCGUCUGACCGGUUUGAGUACCUCCAGGGUCUGGUCACAGAGUUUCAGGACACUGACAGCGAGGAUUCUAAAGAGCAAGUGCUGGCAAACCUGGCCAACUUUGCCUACGAUCCAUCCAACAUGGAAGCACUGCGAUUGCUCCAGGUCACUGAGCUCUUCCUGGACAUGCUGACAGAAGAAAAUGAGAACUUUGUGGAGUUUGGAAUUGGUGGUUUGUGUAACCUCAGUAUGGAGCGGGAGUCCCGUGAUCAGAUCCUGCAAAGCGGCGGAGUCCCAUUAGUGAUAUCCUGCCUGUCGAGUAACAGAGACGAGACUGUUCUCUCGGCCAUCACCACAUUAAUGAACCUGACCACAGCAGCCUCGCGUGCUGAGACUACAGACAGUGCUGUGGUGCAGUGCAUGCUGCGCUUCUCCCUCACACAGAACCCGCGCCUCAGGAACCUGGCGUCGGUCUUCCUGCAGGACUACUGCACACAGCAACAAGUGGACAAAGCCCAGGAGGAAAUGCAGGGACAAAGCCAAUCAGCGCUGGGGAUUCCACUGCCAAAGGACUGAAUACUUUAGAUUUUGAAUGUAAUUGUUCGUGGACAAUUUGUAAAUGCUGAAAUUGUCAUUUAAGAUUAUGUUGAAAAAUAAAAGCUUAUUUUCUUAAUAAAUAUGGUCCGGGUUCAAAUAUGUAUGUGCAUAUACUUUUAUAUAUGCAAAUUAUUUUAAACAUUAUAAAUACUGUAUUUUUUCUUUUCUAAAAAUACACAUUUUAAAAAAAGAUAUAUUCAUUUGUAAAAAUGUUAUUCCUGUGAAUUUUCAGCAGCUAUUACUCGUCUUCAUCGUCACAUGAUCCUUCAGAAAUCAUUCUACUUUAAUAUAUGCUCAAGAAACAGUUCUUAUUAUCAAUGUUGGAAACAGUCGUGCUUAUUUUUUAGAAAUGGAUCCAUUUUUUUCAGAAUUCUUUGAUGAAUAAAAACUUAAAAAAAGAACAGCAUUUAUUUAAAAAAGCAAUCUUCUGUAACAAAUGUCUUUCCUGUAAAUUUUGAUAAAUUUAAUACUUCCUCGCUGAUUGAUUUCUUUCAAACUAUUUUUUUUUUUUUUUAUUGACCUCAAGGCUAGUGAAUAUUUAUAGUAAUUGCAUUCAAAAUAUGCUUUCUUCUGAAUCCAAACAAUUAUGAAAAGUAGAAACAGAUGCUGAUAUUGUUGUUAUUCUGCUAAUGGACACACGGGGGAGACUCUUAACAUUUUAGCUCUAAGACUUUCGCUCAUGCUAGAUUCCAAAUUAGGUGAUCCAUUUACUGGAAGCAAUGAUGCCAUAAAUCAUUGUUAAUUUUAUGAAAUAUCCUACACAGGCAAGUGAAUGCAUCCCAUAAUGACCUUGAGAAGCAUGCAGUGAAUGACGGAUUCCAUUAUUAGCUGCUAGGAAAUUCGAAAAGAAUGUCUGGGGUUUUUUCCAGCACUUUGGUUUUAAAGUCUCACCUUAAACGAUCCUCACAAAACUAUGUGUUAGUGAAAACCAGAGUAGCCAUUACUUUCCAGCAGACCUAUUCGAAAGCUGAGAGACGACCUCGCUCUCCUCUUUCCAUACAGUCUCAAUACCAGCUUCAAAAUGUUCACAUCACAAGCCAAGCAGGAAAGCACCAAGGCCUAAAUGAACACAAUGAGGGAACUACCUCAACGCCAACAAAAAGAGACUACAAUUGUGCCUUAAAUACCCUAUUUUUGGAUAUUUCAGGAAUCUAAAAUGUAGAACAUACAGUAUGUACUUCAAACUGAAUAUGGAGCAGAUGUACACAGAGAUCAUUUACCUUUGACGUUGCUCAAAAAGAAAAAAAAAAGAACACACUUUGUUUUCUUUCUAUUUUUCACAAGAAUAUAAUUCAAAGGAACAUUUUAGUAAAUAUUUAAAGUCAUCUAACAAACUGUCUUAGUGGAAUCAUGCAUAUUUUGGAUACCAAUUUCCUAUGAUUAUAAUUGGU